CAGGGUUAUGAUGUCUGUGUUAUAUGCAUCUUAGAUGAACUCUUUACUAUGUGCAUACAUAGAAAAAAAAUUUUUUUUCGUUCUAUUGGUAUUACAAUAAUCCACAUUUAAAGAGAAGUGUAACUCUCUAUUCAAGAUAUAAACCUUUUUUUUUCUCUUUUUGAUUUUCUUUUCUUUUCUUUUCCUUUCUUUUCUUUGCUUCUUUUUUUUAAAUCAAAAUAUUCAUGGCUACUACAACCUAUACAAUAGAACAAGUACCUCUGAUAGGUGAAAAAGAACAACAAAUAAAGCAACUAGAAAUCGCAAAUCCAUCAAAAGAAGACGCUAUCAUUUUGUUUGACUUGCCACCUACGCCCACAGCAAGUGAUGACGAAAUAGAAGAAAUAAAGCGAAAAAGUAUUAAGCUUGCUAGAAGAGGCACCGUCUCUUUAGCCGAUCUUAUUCCUGUUGCCUCAGCCGCCUUAAAAGCCAAGCAACGCAUCCAUUCUACACAAGAACCCCAAGAUUCCAUAUUAGCGCGGGCUUUAACCAAAGUUAAAAUUGGGGUUCAGACACACAGACUAAAAGAAAAAUACUUGACAAAUGAAUGGAAACGACUUGCUUUGGGGGCACCCGUAGAUGAAACCACGAUUAAUCUCGGCACGGAAGAGGUCAAGACCAACCGUACUAAAGAAAUUGUAAGGUGGUAUGAACAUAAGCUCAAAAAGAACACAUUAACACUGGAAGAACUCGAACAGAGAGUAGAUGAACUAAGAAGACAAAAGCUGCUAAUACAACAACAAAAGGAAAAAGAAGAAGAAUUGAACAGCAAGAGAAUUAGUAUCAUUUCUAUCUUGCCUUCAAAUCAUUAAACACAAAUACCCAAUUUCAUAUAUACAUAUAAAACGUGAAAUUCUUAUUUAUUUGUAUUCACUACUGCUAUCGUCACUUUGUAUUUUUUUUUCUCUUUUUACUAUUUCCUCCUUAAACUUUCUUUUUAUUCAUAAUAAACUUUUAUACACUAGUA